CACCAAACAAACUACUCAUUCCUUUUCACUCUCAUAUCUUACUUACUACCUGAAGCAAUUUCAACUCCUCCCAACUCGUUGGAAACACAAAGUGAUCAUAUUGUCUCACUGUACCUUCUUCUUUUGGGCCAAUUAAGAAAGAUGAGGAGCAGCAGCAGCAGCAGAACAUCGUCAUCGUCAGCAUCUGAUUUGGCCUCGUCGUGCAGAAGGUCAACAACGACUAAGAGGCCGAAGAUGACGAUGUCGUCGUGCGGGAAGCUGGGGAAGUACCUGAAGCAACAACAGGGCCGCCUCUACGUUAUCAGGAGAUGCGUCGUCAUGCUCGUCUGCUGGCGGGAUUGACUGAUUUUUACAAUUUUCUGAUAAAAGUGUAAAUACCAUUCACAGAGGCAGAGUACUUACUAGCUAGCUAUAGAUUCAUUCAUAUUAAUAAGAAGCAGAACCUCGAUUUGUUUGUUUCUUCAUGAUUUGAUUUUCUCGCAUUUGCUUUACUAAUUCAGCUCAAGAUGUAAAGAUCCGCCGAGUUGCUUCAGUUCUGCUCUACUUCCAUUCACUCUACAUAUGGUCAUUUGAGUGCACUUUUCCUCCAUCACUUCCUCACAAGAGAAGAGAGACAAAUAGACAAUCAUUUGUAUUGCAAGUUGCAAACAGGGGAUUGUCAAUGGUGUCCCUCAAUAGUGAGGGACUCUUGUAUCAAGUAUCCAACUUGCUCCCUUUCAAGCUAGCUCCGUCCCUGACUGCUCAGAGCCGUUCAAUAAAAUAUGGAAAAAUCA